AUGUCUGAACAAACCUACCACGUCACCCGCGAGGACCUGCGCAAGCCCGAGUCCCGUAUUGCCGACCACCAUCACGGCAAACCUCCGUCGAACUCGGACGUUUCUGCCAUGAAGUCUUUGAUCGACGAAAACACCGACAAGCCCCAGCAGAUCGACCGGGUCAAGGCUAACCUGCCUUUGCCCGAUCAACCCCCUACUGCUAGCGACUGGUCAUCGUCCGACCAGCGGACCGUCAAUGUCGGCUCUGGGGGCCUCUCCGGUCAUGAGGAUAGUGCUCUCCGUGAACCCGCGAGUGUGGAAAGCAGUGCCCGUAUUUCGGGAGAGGAAUUGCAUAAGGCCACUGCUCCCGGUAAGGGAGUUGGGGAACCAAGCAACUUGUCUCAUGAAGCGACGAGCCGGAACAAAUGA